UGCCCGUUGAUUACUGAUAGUUACCACAGGCUUGUGAUAUUGUAAAUUUCGGAAUUAUUUAAUUUGAUAUUAAGAAUUCGAAUGUAUUUGAUAUUGAAAUUUUUAAGCAAGUGGGUACGCAUCGUUAAACACUAUCUUGUCCGAACAAAGGACGCAAUUGUGUAUUUGCAAACUUGGAAAUUACCAUCAGGAUCAAAUACAUGGGAUCUGGGAAUUACAUUUGAUAAAACAAAAAACUGUGAACACUCACCUAUGUCGGAGGUAUGCACAUAUUUUUCACUGUGAGUAUAAAACUAAAACUUUGGCAUGUGACAAGAGCCUUUGACAAAAAAAAAUCUGCUAAUUAGAAUUCGUUGACCAUGCUGAUGAACAUUCUUCCUCAUCAUGCAGCACUCACGGAAACACCAAACAUGCAUAUAUUAGAAAAUACAAUGGUACAAAACUGAUGAAUCCACUGAGAAUGACCAAAAAUUUCUGCUCCUAGCAAAUUGAUGCUUGGAAUUGGCAAACAGUACGUGAAGACAUAAGUGAACAACAGAUUCAAUUUGAUGACGUUUGCCUCCAUACCACUAUGCGAGUCAAAAUACUUCUUAAAAUGACAAACAAAUAUCUACAAAAACAUUCAAUAAUGUACAAAUUUCAAUUAAUUAAAAUGCAAAUAAUGUAAAAUAACCUUUCUUCUAUAAUUGCAAUCAUGUUCACAACUAUAAAACAAUGUAAAAACAGUUUCCAUAACUAAUAAAAUAUCACACUUGACAAAAUUGGUACCAAAAUGAAAAGGAAAAAAAAUCCGUAAAAAUAGCACAACUAAUGUAGAUACAUGAAUCCUCAAACUGUAAAACUUUUGCAAGUUAUUAAAAUAUCACAAUCUUCCUCUUAUGUGUCAAUAAAACCACCAUAAUGGUUAGUAAAACAAAAAUAUAAGACAUUUGGAAUGUCUUUAUUUUUUAACGCAAAACUGCUAUUGUAUAAAAUUACAGUUUACUUGCAUAUUCACUUAUUUAACUUCCAGUUUGGACAGUCCUUGUAAUGUCACUUCCAGUUCAAAGUAUGUAGUGUAUAUACUUCCAACAAAUUCAGACACGGCCUUAUAUUAUCAGUACUUUUCCUUAACUGCUUUGUUACGAUUAAUGUAUUAUUUUUUUAGUAAAUAGCUCUUGUUAUGAAUUUUAAAAAAUAAAAUUAUAGGUGAGCUACAAAUUACAUAAAAUUUUAAUGAUUAUGAAAAAUAUGUUUCCAUUAUCUUCAAAAGUUUUUCAAUUGUAUCAAUUUCCAUUAGGUAAUUUUUCAAAUUUAGUUUAGCAGUAAAUUUGUGGUAAUUUUGAAGGAGAGACUCUUUUCCAAAAAAAAAUACAGUAAAAAAAUAUUUUAUAAGAGGGCAUUGUGAUCACAAGAACAUUUGAGUUGUUUACCUGUAGUUAAUCGUUUCAACAUGUAGGUAGGUUAGGUUAUGUACAUAUAAAAAUAGUGUAUAUUCAUGGUGAGAAUGGUUGGUUAGGUUAUAAAUAUACUGUGAGAAUGGUUGGCUAUGUUAAGGUAGCUACAUUAAAAAUAUUUACAAUAUUAAGGAAGGUUGGUUAGGUUUUCAUUGGGAUUCCUAAUAACCAUGCAAAUUAUUUUACUUUAUUUUUAAUGUAGCUAACCAACCUAACCAAAACAACUGUUCACACUUUUCUAAAAUAUUUUUCAUGUAGCAUACUUAACAUAAUUAACCAUCCACACUAUUUUAAAGUAUUUAAAAUUUAGCUAACCUUAUCGUCAUGAUAUAUCAUUUGUAAUACAAUCCAACCUAGUCACUUGUUAUAACCAGUAUACUACUGAUAAAAUACUUUAAGUCUCAUACCACCCUCUUUAUGAUUGUAAAACAUGUCAGAAGUAAAGCAUUAAAGUUUUUUUUUUUUUUUUCCCAGAAAAGAUGCUCUCUUUCAGAAUCAUCAUAUUUUGUUACGAGCAUCACUGUUAUUGCUGUGUCAGUAUUAAUAGGUAAUUGUUUACAAGAGUGGCUGUUCGAAAGGUGUAUUAAGAAAAUAAAAGUUUAUUUUUACUUUUAUAAUAAUGUGAUUGAUUUGUUGGUUGCUGUUGCAAUAGUAAUUAUUUAUGAGAGGCGUGCCUACGAAAAAAGAAAUCCAAAAAUGGACUUAUUAGUUCCUCAUACUUUUUUCUAAUGUUAUUGUAAAAGUGCAUUGAGAAAUGUCAGAUACUUUUCUUAUUUAACUACCGUUUUAAAUAUUGGCUAGGUAAGCUACAUUUGAAGUACUCUAAAAUAGUGUUAAUGGUAGGUUAGGAAUUACUUAUAUUAACUGUAGAUAACCUAACCUAACCAACCAUAUACAUUAUUUUACAGUAUUUAAACACAUCAUGCUCGCCCAUUUGUCACCACCAGGUCUGAGCAUCUCCCCGGAGUUGGCUCAUUCAUCAGUCAACUUGUCAUGGCACACGUGCACAAAUAGGCCCAGGUCUUUAUGGGCAUAACCAGUGAAGUAGUGCAGGUGAACUGACCCGGUGACACUGUACCAGUGCGGUGCAGGUGACAGCUGCAUGCAAUACAGAUUGCAGAUAACUUCAUUGCACACAGAGCAUGUAAAUAAUAUUUCUGAAGACAUGUGACCCCUGAGGGGUGGCAAAAGGUUACAAAUAAUUGAUUUGCUGCAAGCCACGAAUUUGACUAUUACAGAGCCACAACCUUAACUCUCUGCAGGGAAUAUUUCACACCAUCAUGUCAAACCUUGCUACCAGUAAUAUAACCAAGACAAGCUGCUACAUCUACACUCCCGCAUCCCUUAUGAAGUUGGGGCCCACUGCAUAUAAAUAAACGUAAAGGGAGUAUCAAACUUUGCAGAGGAAUAAUACCACUCGCAUAAAGCCCUGCCAUGUGCAGUGCUGCCAGAUAAAAUGAGUUUUCCAUAGUUAUUAUUAAUUUAGACAUCCAUCUAUGGAACUAUGGAGAUUUUUGAUAGUGAAACAGAAAAUCUUAAUGACACAUCAAAAAUAUAAUCUGUUUAUCAGCAUUUUGUACAAUAAAUCUCGUGCAUGUAGUUGGUUGACUGUGGCUGCAUUAUGGCACAAUAAUUUUGGUAUAAUACAGUUUUGUUAGAGUCAUUUCGGCUUAUUAAGUGUGCUAUAAAAACAAAUUUACCCCUAAGGAGAUUCAAAAAUCCGAGCAUACAAUAUUGCCUUAUCAAAUGACAAUUAGAAGGCAUGCCUUUUGUAAAGUACUUAACAUAAAUAUAAAUUGUAAAAAUUAUUAGUUUUUUUAAUGUUAGUUGUUUUUUGUUUACACUUAAGUUAUUUUUUAACUAUUCAUUGGAUUGAUUAUCUCAAUACUAGAUGAGUGUGUUAAUUAUUUUGUACAGUCUUAAUACUUGGUUGAAAAUUUUAUCGCUUUUGCUUUCUGUGUGUUUUAUUGUUGAUGCAUUAGUAGAUUACUGAUGUUUGUUAGUUGGCAGCACUGCUUGCAUAACACAGAUGAGAAAUUUGUGAGGGCUCAUAUAUACAAAAACAUAUAAAAAAAACGUAAGCAAGUCUUUUAAUAGUCGCCAGUGAUGUGUAAACAUUUAACCUCGGUAACAAGCAAAUUUAUGUGUUCUCUUGUUGCAAAUAAACUUAUAAUACAAAAAACUGACACAAAAUUUAGUGUAGAAUUUUUUAAAAUAAUGCAGAGCAUGAUAAUUAUAAGAAAAGUAUUCAUUUUAGGAAAAAUUGGUAAUUGUUUUGCCUUUUUAAUACUUAACUGUAAAUCUGUUUAACAAAAUGGUACCAUUGAUUUCUCAGUGAUAGCUGAACAACAGAAGUACCAUCCAGUUGCAUAUAAAUGCCUCAACGCUGAACCUGUGACAAUUCCCCUUAGACCAAAAUAUCAUCACCUGCAUUUUUGAGGUUAUACUUCUUUAGGUGCAUUGAGGGUGAAUUUUUAGUAUGCACCAGAAAUGCAAUGAAAUAAGCAUGCAUUACACAACAGAAAUUUAACAGGUUGAAAGUCCAAUGUGCAUGCAUGCAGAAACUACUAUAGCCACAAGCAGAAGUCGUUAAGUUAGCAGUCCCACGUGUGGCAACUUGCACCCAUAUAUAUUAACUUUGGUGAACAUUGUGGGAUGUACUGAGGGUAUUGGUGUGCCAAAGUAAACUUUAUGGUAGUGAAACUAUAUUUGGAAUACACAUUCUAUAAACUUUAAUAGUCAUAAUAAGGUAUAAUUACAACUUUAAAAUAGCCAGGAAAAUUGUGUUUGAACAAAGAUGGCAUCAAAGAUAUGUUUUGAAAAAAUAAAUUGAUAGUUGCUUUAAAAAUGUACUGCAAGGCUAUUUUUAGCUAUUUUUAAAUAGCCUUGUAGACAAGAGCUAUACACAAAUCUCAAUUCUGUUUUUAUAAGAACUUAGUGUAGUUAAUUAUGAGAAACAUUGUCGCUUUGUCCCCCAUUGUCACCGCAGGAAAUUUAGAGUAAACGUCAUAUUAUGAAGGCAUUGCACACUUUUCUAGCAUAAAGCUGGGUGCGCAGGACUGCCGUGUCUGUGUGAGGACGAGACAAAGAGAGACUUGCGGGAACCAGCUUGGAAUGCGAAGAAGCGUCAAGGAGGAGACGAAGAAGGAUCACUAAACAAGUGACUAUCAGCAGAGAUGUUGUGUUCUUAGAGGAAAAUAUGCUCAAUGAAGUGCCAGCAAUGGUAAGAGAAGGUGAGCUGAUCUCACAAACUGUUGGUGAUAAUAAACAACUUAUCUCUCAAGAACCACAAUUUAAGCAGCAUAGGGAAAUCAAUGACUUCACUGCAGAUUCAGAUAAAGUGCCCUUUAAGGGGUUCACAUGAAAUGGUGACCUUGAAUAAACCUCCAGUCCUCAACAGUUAAGAUCUUAUUGCACCCUAAGGCCUAAAGCUGCCGAGCCAGAUUUUGUAACUAACUUCACUGCAGAAAAUAACAAGCCCCUCACACCAGGAGAAGCUUUGACAAGUCCAAAAGCUGCAAAGUGGAAAGAAGCAAUUGAAGAACUAUCUUCAUUUUUUAGUAAUGAAACUUAUGAGUGGGUAGACUUACCAAUGGCGCAAAGUCUCUCAAAUCAAAAUGGGUGUUCAAAAUUUAAAAUCCGGACUCAAAGGAACUUAAAUACAAUGCUAGACUAGUAGUCAAGGAUUGCGGACAGAAGCUGUAUGCAUUGUAAGAUAGCAUAAUUCCUGCCCCCUGCUAUUAAUGACUCACUAACUGAGAAUGUUUUAUUAUGGUGAUGUUUUCUUAAUGUUUCAUAAUUAUUUUAUACUCAUGUUUGUUAUAUUACGUGUAGGCAUUUAAGUCAUAUUGCUUUGCUUCAGUAUUAAUUAUUAUUUUGGGUUAGGUUUUAUAUAAAUAUGAAUGUAUUUUUAUUAUUAUUUUCACUAUAAUUUCUUGAUACUUUAAAAUUAACAUGUGUAUUAAUUGCAUUUGCCAAAUUUUAUAAAUAAAGUAUAUUCUGGACAGAAGACUGUAACAUUCUAGAAGGUUCCAGAAGGUUUGAAAAGAAUGGAAGACACGGGCACAACACACUGUUUCCAGUAAGUUAUUUUCACUCCUCAAAUAAGUGGGAAAAACCGGCCCACAGCUGCGCUGAAAUGGACUAGAACUUUCACUGGGCGCUACCUAGUCAGUCAAUCAGAAUGAACCUUGAGGUGUUGUGAUGUGUCUUUCCAAACUUUCAGAGAAAAAAUGAAAAAUGCUUUUUACGUAUUUCUCUUAUAUGGUCAUUCUGUAUAGUGAUUGGUCGGUUAACACGGGGUUGCUUCCCCUUUGUUUUCACCUUUGUAAGGGAACACAACUUCAUUGUUCAGUUAGUUGUCACUCGAUCGUCGCUGUGUGCGGCCGCAUCGUCGGCAGCUCACCAAAAAAACAAUGUAAAAGUUACGAAUAGCGAGUUUCACACCUGUUGGUUGGGGCCAGACUGAAGGUAAACUUUUUUUUAAUGUUUUUUGGACGUUUAGCUAGAAAUUUGACCUCAGGCUUCGGCAUUGGCCCAUGGUAACCGUCGUCACCCUUCUGGGACAUAUCAGCGGGAUAUUAUACCUUUGUUCAACAUUUAACAAAGGGACUUUAAUUUUUUUUUUGCUACAGUGAAUAUGUGAUAUAUCAUCUGGACAUUAAGUAAGUUAAGAUCUACUAUUUUUUUGAGAAGUAAAAUAUUAAAACAAGACUGACUUAAAAAAAUAUUUUAUUUUAAAUACAACUAAAUACAAACUUUCAAUCUAAGGGAAUAAUUCGUCUCCAAUCUUGGGCAAUAAAACAAACUUAAAAAUAAAGUUUCAAAAUAAAAUAAAACUUCAAAAUCAGUGUAUAUAAACAUAAACUUUUCAAGUGAUUAAAGUGUCUUGUUGUUACUAUUCUGGGUUGCUUAGCUGGGCAACCUGGAAUGUAACAACAAGGUGCUCAGCUUCACUGUUCAGAAAGUCUUGUGGUUUAGAAUGCUGUGCAGUGAACUGCAACCCAAACAUGAAUGCAAGCCAACCAUUGUGUAUUGUGACAACAAAGGGGCAAUAUAUCUAGCUAAAAACAGUUUAACCAGCCAAAUAUCCAAACACAUAGAUAUCAGGGAUCAUUUUAUUAGGGAGCAUGUCCAAGACAAAACUACUGAUGUCAAUUUUUUUUCAACAGAUGACAUAUCAGACAUUUUGACAAAGCCCCUAACCAGGGAAAGACAUAAACACUUUAUCAAUAUGUUAUGCCCUAAUGAGUUGGUGUGUUUAUUGUCGAAGCAUGUUUAUUGUUUGCUUGUUCCUAUAUUGAGGGUGUUUGUUGUUUGAUGUCUUGAAUUGAAAGUUUUUUUAAUGGUACUUUCAAACAAUUUAAGGAAGUGUUUGUUUGUAAAUGGUUUAAACCUUAAAUUUACUCGAGUGGUGUAUCCCCACUCCUGUGUUUUUCCUGUAUCUGGUAAUGAUGUGUGUUUCGUGCCCAUUGCUGUUUGUAUGAUGUUUAUCAUGUGUAGUAAAAGACAAUCAGUACUUAUUGACGAACUCAUUAUCUAAACUGCAUAUACCUUACAACUUCAUUUUCUGUGAAUCUAUAGCUGGGUGAUACAUCCUUCUUUACAUAUAAAGUUUCAUUUUCAAAAAUAUCUUCAAAUAUAUCUGGAAUUAGGAAAAACCUCUAAAUAAAAAUGAUAAUGUUGUGGGUAAACACCAAACUCCCAGAAGGUAUGUCCAAGAGGUUUGGCUAUCAACCCCCAAGGGCCUGAUUUAACCCCUUAACAUAUUAACCCGAGUAUAUUCGUUUUUUUACAUUUGGCACGUAAUUAUUAACCCGAGUUUACUCGUUCGACUAACAAAAACGUGCGUCUGAUUAUAUUAUUUCGAGUUUUCUCGAAUGAGUUACAUGAGCUCUCGCUAGAUGUCGUGGUAGGUAUUUUCAGUCUUUGAAACAGACUUCCAGUAGUUUUAUGUUACCCACUAGAUGUCAGGGCAGAUUCGAUCCAUCACGGUACCCUACUUACACGCGUUCGCCGUUUGUGUUUGAAAAAUUGUACAUUAGAUGUCUCUAAUAGUACUAUUAUGAAUUUAUGAUGUUCCCGCCAAUGUUUAUAUAUUUUAGCUGAGGUGUCAACAUUACUGUAAUGUGAAUAAUAGAAAUUGUUCAAAAUGAGUGAUUCCGACAGUGAAGGAAGCGACGUGAGUGAUCUUGAUAAAUUGGGAUCUGAUAGUAGCGACAAUUAUAAUGACAUUUCAAGCUCAGAAGAAUCAGGUAGUGAAGAGAUAUCUGGCAGAAUGUGGUGUGAGAUAAACUGUAGUUUGCCAACUAUCUCUCCUCCAAGAUACCCAUUUACAGGUAAACCAGGCGUCAAUGUAAAUGUAAAUGUUGACGAUAAUUUUCUUCGUUAUUUUCUCUUAUUUUUUGAUAAUGAUUUGGCUGAACUCAUAGCUACAGAAAUGAACCGUUUUGCAUCACAGUACAUUCAAACACAUCCUCAAACAAAAUGGAAACCAACAAACAAAGAGGAAAUCUAUGUUUUUCUUGCACUAGUUGUGGCUCAAAGCAUAGUCAAAAAACCUACAUAUCAAAUGUACUGGGCUAAGAACCCAAUAUUUGACACACCAUUUUUUAGGAAAACCAUGCCAUUUCGCAGAUUUGUUCAGCUGAAACAGUUUCUUCAUUUUGUGGAUAAUGAGUCAUAUGAUGCAGCCACCCAUCCAAACCCUAAACUGAACAAAAUAUGGCCUAUAUAUAUUCAUUUGCAAAAUAAAUUUUCUGAACUUUACACUCCAGAAAAAGAUGUCACAGUAGAUGAAAGCCUUAUGUUAUAUAAAGGGCGUCUAGGUUGGAAACAGUACUUACCUCUCAAAAGGGCGCGGUUCGGAAUAAAGUCAUUCAUGUUAUGUGAAUCGUCAAGUGGAUAUGUAUAUUCCUUCGUAAUUUACACCGGACGAGGAACCAAUUUUGAUGAUGAAUACAAAGGCUUGCCAAUGUCGUCACAAGUAGUUAUGUCAUUAGUGAAACCUCUUCUUGGGAAAGGUUAUUGUGUCAUUACUGACAAUUUUUAUACCUCACCACAGCUAUCAGAUAUGUUGCUAUCACAUCGAACCGAUUCUUAUGGGACUGUGAAAACGACAAGAAAAGAAAUGCCACCAGAAUUGCGGAAACAAAAAUUGCCGAAAGGCAGUGUCAUUGCUUUCCAAAGAGGUAAACUAUUGGGAUUGAAGUGGAUGGACAAAAAACCAGUCACAAUGUUGUCUACAAUCCACAAUUCUGAAAUGAAAAGUGUUACAAUCUAUGGACAACAGCACAUAAAACCACAAGUUGUGUUAGAUUACAACAGUACAGUGGGAGGUGUGGACAUUGUUGACCAGCGCACAACAGACUAUGCAGUACCCAGGAAGAGGGGGAAAAAAUACUAUAAGAAGAUUUUUUUUCCAUUUAGUGGACCUAGCAAUAUGGAAUUCAUUUUUGUUAUAUUCAAAGUUGGGAGGGAAGCAGUCACAUUUGGAGUACAGAGAGGCUGUUGUCAAAAAUUUGAUUGAACAGUUUCACAAGCCAACAAUGUCGCCAGGACGAGGUAGGCCUGGAAAAUCAACGAAUCCACUGAGAAUGACUGAACGUCACUUUCCAGCUACGAUCCCGCCAACUGACAAAAAAAGCAAUCCUACACGCCAGUGUGCAAUGUGCAGCAGGGUGACAGAUGCACGGGGGAAAAAAAUACGGCGUGAAACACGGUACAUGUGUGAAGACUGUGGUGUGCCACUGUGUGUAGUGCCGUGCUUCAGAGUUUAUCAUACAACAGCAGACAUUUAGGCAGAAAUUAGUUAGGCUUACAGUCAGAGUGAAAUGCAUUCAAGAAUAACUUCACAAAUGUCAAUACAGACUCGUGACAUUAUUCAGCUACUGUAUUCAAAUAAAAAUUCUUCUAUUUAUUGUGCUGUGAAAAAAACUGAAUGUCUCACAUAAAAACUUUGUUUUUUGUAAAGAAUGACAUCCUUGACAUUACAAUGAUUUUUUUUUGUAUUUGUGAAUGUUCAGCUAUUGCAAUUAGUGUAUACUGUACAAACCUUGUGAGGUAAAUUUUUAUACGAAGAUCUAUUCGGACUGACAACAUUUACAUAUCAUAUGUACAUAUUUUGUUUUUCAUGUUAUUCAGGCAAUUUUAUAAAAGUAGAUGUAAUUUUGUAAAAGAAAUAUGGUAUGUUGCAAAAGUUAUUUCAUUGGUUUCUAUGUAAGCUUAUACUAUAUCUGGCUAAUGUUAUAAAUAUUUUUAGUAAUCUUAGUGAAUAUUAGCACUGACGAGUAUACACGGGUUAGGAAACCAGUGUCCAUUCAAAAUGACAUGAUGGUGUGAUAAAUGUGAAAUUUUAAUGUAUUUUGUGUGGUAUGUCCAUUUGCAUAUUGAAUAGGUAAAAUAUAUUGCUGCACAAAUGUGAUUUUCAGAUAACUACUUUUGAGAAAUAAUUCUAACCAUGCUGAACAUUACUAAUGUUGUUAUAAUAACUUCCAAUUUGUGUUAAAUGUUUUUAUCUAAAUAUUUAUCUAUUUAAUUAUAUUCCAUAAAUAUUUAUAAUGUAUUUACAUAUAUUUCAGCAAUGACGAGUAUACUCGGGUUAGUAAAACAGUGUGCAUUAAAAAUUACAUAAUUUUGUAAAAAAUGUAAAAACGUAUGUUUUACAUGUGGUACGUUUAUUUGCAUAUUAAAAACAAUAGAUUACUGCAAAAAAACCAAUUUUAAAAAAUGGUUUUUUUAGACACAUAUAUCUAGCCAUAAUAUAUAUGUUAAGGAGUUAAAGCACACCAGCAGUGGAGACUCAAUUGUCUGGUGGGCUCUGGCUGAACCUAGACACCCCUGCGAACUGGUCACAUCCAUUGAUUCUGCUUUCACUCAAGAAACAACUUGAUACCCAAUGACUUUCAAAUGAUCACACUGGGAAUAGUGUCAUGUGCUUAAAAACAUUAUGAAGCUGUGAUAGCCAAGUGUUUUUUUAGGGUUAUAAAACACAGUUGUACUUACCUAUGUAUUUUUGUAUAGUUUGCUGAUCUUGCUUGACCAGAGAUUUGAACCCUUUAAUCUCUUUGACACAGCUAGGUGGAAUGUAGUUGAACAAACAUUCCAGGUGAAAAUACUCCAUAACUUCCAAUUCUGGAGUGUCAGUCUGCCAAGAAAAAAAGAGAGAAUAUAAGUUACAGUACAAAAUGUUAGAUAUAUUACCAAAUUUAUUAUCUGCUAACACCACCAGAUGCUUACAAAAUAAGAUUAGCAUUGGAACAUAACUUACAGAUGCUGUUCCACAUCCAAGUUUCUUUGAUUCAACUCAGAACCCAAGGCAACAAUCUAUGUUUUAAGAUGUUUGUGUAGUUAGUGUAGAAUAUCUACUGUAGUGUGGAGGUUUAUUUGAGGUUCUCCCAAUGUAUCCUGCAUCUUCAGUUUAGCCAGGAUAGGCUGACCUGCUCCUCAGUUAUUUAGCCUCCCUCCAUUAAUAUUGACCCACCAUAUGUGUUAUUGUUAUGACUGGCAAUAUUCAGAAAUAACUACUAACACCAGCACCUGUUUAUUUCUUGCAGUAAAUACAUGCGUAUUAUCAAACAUGCAAUAACACAGGUGUAACUUAUUGAUCAAAAUCAUUCAUCUGAUAUAAUUCAUAUGUACAACCUGGAGCUCUGCAUUAAGCAGUAACUUAUCCAAAAUCAAAUCAGAAGAUGAUAAAGGGGUGUGACAGGGAAAAUACUAUUAACUUCAAAGGAACUACAAUUAAAACAUGAUUGUGAUUCUUUGUCUGUGAGAAUAAAGGUCUGCCACAUUCAUGCGGUCGCUUGUGUCUGGUCUGUUGGAGCUGAUGUUGUAGUUGAUUAGUUAACGUGACCUAUGAUGCCAAGUGUUGAGGGGCAGUCCCGUGGACUGGAUCUGUCUGACCAUAGCUGGCAAAUUUGAAUGACCAAGGACCUAUUUGUACAACAUUAAAAACAAAAACUACAAAGAUAAUAAAAUUAAAGAAAAUGAAUGGACAUCUUUUGGAGAUAUUGUGUGAUUACUAGGUAAGAAAUUGGUUGCUAGUGUUUGCAUGCAUUGUUGAUUUGCACAAUAAAUAGGCCUUACAACAUUAUUGAGUAUUAGGCAGUGAUAAAUUUUUGCCACCUAUAGAAAAUUGGUAUAAUGUAAACCAAAUACAGUUUAUUUUUGAACUUACAAAAAUAUAUACCAUAUUUUCUUUCUAUUGAUUUCAUUUUAUAAUAUUUUAUUUAUGUUGAAACUUAAAUAUAUAUAUAUAUUUUUUUUUAAUUGGCUGCAAGUAAUUUUGUAACUGAUCCCUCUGUAGAAAAAGCCACAAAGAGACGGCUGCAAAUUCGUGAAAAUAUUCUGUGCUAUCACUGGCACAAAAAAUUGGAAACAAACCUGGGUGUGGAAUGCAGAUUGAUUAGGAAUAUCCAGAUAUUUAAAAGACAAUGCUGUUUUAUACCAAAUUCUGAAAUGCUUAGAAUAAGUAAGUACGAAAGCUUUUUUUUUUUAAAUCUUUCACAUAUUAUAUAGUACAUACAAACAAAUAUUUGCUACAAAUAAAAAAAGAUUAUAAUUGUGGAUUUUGGAAGCUUUACUGGAACAGAAAUAAUUUUUGAAAAUUGUGUUUUUCCAGAGUAUUGCCAUUUUAUAGAGAAGCUGCUUCUGAGAAAUAAGUGAAAGUGAAAUGUUUUAAGUGAGGGUAAUUCGGCAGGUUUGUGGCUUCUGUGUAAAAAAAGUAUAACAAAACUGGAAUUUAUGAGUAUUAGAAAUGUUUCUUGACUAUCCCCUAAAACUACAAAUUUUAUUUCCUACUGUAUCCUAAAAACACCUUAUAGUCGGUAGAGCUGUGAAGUCCAGGGAAAUUUUGGGGUGAAGUGUUAAAACUGACAAAAAUAUUGACAUGAAAAUUGUAAAAAUUGCUAUAACAAGUAAAUUCCAACAAUUUCAAUCAUUUACUGUCAAUAUUUACUUGUUUUAUAUACCCAAACCAUACAAUUUUCCCCUGACUUAAAGGUUCUUCGCAACUACAGAGAUUUAUAAAAUCCAGUUGAAAUAAAAAAUGCCAUUUUGCAAGCAUUAAUACAUUUUCACAAUUUCAGAGCAUUUUAAAUGUCACUGUGCCUAGCCAAAUUGGUUACUAUUUAUGUUAACGUAUACAUGAAAAAACUCCUAAUAUAAUUAUACUUAAAAAGACACAAUGCAGAAAAAAGUCACAUUGUAAGUGUUAACCAUCUGUCAUUGCUUUAAAAAUGUAGGCAUUGCACCAUGAAUGUGAUAGUAUUAAAAUUAUUAUGCACAUUCACAUUAAUUCAUAAGUAACUUUCACAAAAACUCAUACUUGCAAUCACUGACAACCACUCGCAUGGAAAGCCACACAUCAAAUGACGUGACACUAACGUAACCCAUUCGAUGCUAUUUUGCUGCAAUAGAAGCCUCAGAUUCACUGGCGUGGAGUAACAUCCCGGAACCCUUUCAGACAUAUCCCGGUUUUCCAUUACAAAAAAAAUUUCAAUUCUAGGAGAAUUAUUUCUUUCUACAGUUUAAAUAAAAAUAUUUGUAAUGUUGCUGAGUUAAACUAGCCAAACCUUUUACUUGAGUUACAAUCACCUAGACAUGCAAACACAACAUAUUGAGAAACAAAUAUUUACAAACUCUGUAAAUUAAAUAUCAUUUCAUACAUUUGGCUACCUUUGAUUCUAGUAACAACUGUAUAAAAAUCACACACCUUUCUCAACACCGUGUAAAUCAAACAACAUUACAAUCAUGUUACUGUUGGGUAAUAGAAUGAUUGCAGUAAUGCUGUGUAGUUUUACAUAAUGAAAAAUCUUUUGAAGGUAUUCAUAAAUAUCCUUUUUGGGAUGUAAUACUCUGCAGAAUUACUUAACUGGAUUUUUUUUUAUAGAAUUUAUAUAUUCUGACAAAGAUUUUUAUUUUUUACAAGAUUUUAUGCUGGCAUAGCCUAACCAGCCUUUCACUUCAGCUAUUUUUUGAUUUUAUUUCUCAGAAGCAACUAUUCUAGAAAAUCAGCUAGAGUACCACCAUUGUUGUUUUACUACCCUGCAAAUGGGGUUGGUCCCAAAAGUUAAAAUUUUCUGUAAGGAAGAAUAAAACAAUUAAAAUUGGUUAAUUUUUUGAAAAUAAUUAUUUCAUUUAAAUAUCAUCAUUAGUAACAGUUAAUAUAAUCAAGCAAUAUUUUUGGCACUAACAAAAAUUUCAAGUGUUUAUAUGUAUGUAACAGUUGGACCUCAAGCUAGCUGAGCAAUAUGAUUUCUUGUUCCUUCUAAUGGACUAAGAUUUUGAUAUGGAUCAAGGAUCUUUAAUGAUAUACAUAGUACUUCAAAAUUGUGUUGUUUUUUCUGUAGUUUUGUAAUGUUGCUAUUUUUUAUGGUGUUCCAUACAGAUGUUCAAUAUAAUGGCUUACACACUCAAAUUUGCUUCUACAACAAACACUUGAUAUUGUCUUGGCACAGGGAAGAAACAGACCUGGGCCAUAGCGUAGCAUCGUAAGAUGCUAGGAUGGCUGACGUUUGGGAAAAAUAAUAAAGUUAUAAAAAUGAGACAUUCACUUUGGCAUGUGACUUCAGCUGGCAGAUGAGCUUUUCAUUUCACUCAUUACUCUCUGCCAUUCUCACCUCAGUGUAUUCUAGACCGUAGCCAGAGUUGGAGGCACUUGAUCUGGGGUACGUGCGGAGAGGGGGUAGACGACUGCGCCUACGCAUACCGUGGCUUUCUUAGUGGUGUGGUUAAAUCAGCAUUCAGGAGUCAUACCAAGGAGUUUAAAAGGCAAGACAUUCCCCAUACUUCUGCUCUCGCAGAGAUUUCUCUGUCUUUUUUUGUCUUUUACCAUAUGAGAGUGCAAGCUGUGAAAUUUCAUGACCUUGGUGUUGUUUUAACUCUGAUAGUAUUCAAAUUUGCCAAUUUUGUUGAUAAUAUAGUCACACAACCUGAUUGUUUGUAGGCUACAAAAAUAACAAUUUUUAUCAAUAAUAAAGUUGUGUUAAUGGGGUUUAUGUUUAUAUAAAAUAACAAAUGAUUUCAUUUGAUGGCACCCAGAUUUUUUCAAGUAGGAAACAUGGCUGACAUUUCAAUGGCCAUUGGGUUUUCUUGGAGUAAUCCGUUCCCCCUUCAUUCAUUUCGUCAAUGCUCCAUUAGCAUCUCAUCACCUUUCACUGUCUCUAAUGGCUGCAAUGUCUGCAAAAUGUUAUGCUUUGAUCAAUUUCAUUGAAGCUAAGAACUAUAGAAUGCUUCUAGGAUACAAAUUUGAGGAAUGUAAUGGAUUGUAAUACUUUGUGUAAGUUAUAUAAUUUAAUAAUUUUUUUUUUUGUUUUAUGGGAAACUAAAACUACUGUAUUAUUGUUUAUAUAACAGAUAACAUCAGGUGCAAUUUGGGCAUUACAUUAAUGUUAACCGAAUUUGUUUUAGUCAUGGCUUUCAGGAUAGAGCUGCAUCAUUGUGUUGUUAUGUUCCAGUGGUGCAUUGAUCAUAUUGUUUCAAUAGAUGAAAAGUUCUCUAAGAAUCCCAUUGCUUGUAACGAGAACAAAAUGAGUGAAUGCUUGCAGCAUCAAAACAGAAACAAACCAAAAUACAAAUCGUGAAAAUACAAGUUUGUUUUUAAAUAAUUUGGAUUAACUUUAAAUCUCUGUCAAAAAAGAGAGGAAAUUACUAAAGAGUGAGUUUCAUUUCAAUGGCACCAUUGCACCAGAUGUAAAAUUAUGACUUUCUUGGGCAAAUUCCUCUGUCACAUGUCUGAUGAAAAUGUGAUUGUUCUAAGCCAUCUGCUGUGUAUCCUUCCAGCAUACAACUUCGACAUUUAUUAACAACAGAAAAUAAAAAAUCUUACAAAUAAAGAAAAUUUAAAUUCUUUUUUUUGUAAAACUGAGUCUCUACAUUUUAAAUAGUGAAAAAUGAAAUAAUGACAAAUGCUAUUUAAUUAUAAGCACAGUAAUAAAGUGUGAAAGUAUGCUCUGAAUUUUAUCAUACUGUAUUCAAAGCUUUCAGCAAUCCAGACUACUGCUCUCCCCACUUGUGAAACUGUUUAACGUAUGAUUUAUUAUGUUGUCUCAUCAUAUGCAGUACUAUAGUUAGGUUUUUUUAUAUCAUUUAAUUAAUAGCUAUUUAUUCAUUUUGAGAGAUGUUUGUGCAGUU